AUGCGAUUUGGCCGCUCUCUCCGUUUCCCUCGCUUCCCCUCCUCCCUUCAUGGCCCACACCUCCGGCUGCAGGACCCCCGCGGCAGCGACGUCCUCCGGUGGCACACCUCCCUCCUCUCCCAGCACGCCCGGCGGGGCCAGCUCGACAAGGCCCGGUCCCUCUUCGACUCCAUGCCCUUCAAGAACGUCGUCACCUGGAACGCCAUGCUCUCGGCGUACGCGUCCUACGGUCAUCUCGACGAUGCCCGUCAGCUGUUCGACCGAAUGCCCAACAGGAACGUCGUCUCCUGGACGUCCAUGCUCUGCGCGCUGCUCCGAGCCGGGCGCACGCGCGAGGCGAAGGCCCUCUUCGACACGAUGCCGCAGCGGAAUGUGGUCUCUUGGAAUGCGAUGGUUUCCGGGCUGGCGCGGAACGGCGAGCUCACCGAGGCGAGGCGGAUAUUCGACGCAAUGCCGCAGAGAGACCGAGCAUCAUGGAGUGGGAUGAUCGCCGCCUACGCCGAGCGGUCGCUUAUGGGGGAGGCGCAGCGGCUAUUCGAGCAGGCCAGUGGCGCCGCCGACGUGGUGUCGUGGACGGCCAUGAUCGCCGGGCAUUGCCGCGCGGGGGACGUCGGAGAAGCCCACCGUUUCUUCCGGGAGAUGGCUCCAGCGAUCAGGAACGUCGUCACCUGGACCGCCAUGAUCGGCGGCUUCGCGUGGAAUGGCCGCCACGAGGCGGCGCUCCGCCUGUUCCUGGAGAUGAAGCGGACAUCUCCGGUGGAACCAAAUAGCGAAACGCUGAUAGCUCUUCUCUACGCCUGCACGGGCCUCAGAUUUCCCACUCUUGGCCGGCAGGUCCACGCUCAGACGGUGGUCAACGGGAUGACGGUGGAAAAUGGCGGGGACGGGCGGCUGGGCUGGUGCCUGAUCCAGAUGUACGCCCGUCUGGGGGCCGUCGACUGGGCUUGCUGGAUCUUCCGGCGAGAUCCUCCGGCGAGCUCCUCCGGCGAGGACACCAUCUGCUGGAACUCGAUGAUCUUUGGGUACGCGCAGGCCGGGCAGCUGGACGAAGCCCGCCGCUGGUUCGACGGGACACCCUUCCCCGACCAGAUCACGGCGACUACCAUGAUCUCCGCCUACCUCGACGCCGGCGAGGUGUCGCCGGCGCGAUUACUGUUCGACCAGAUGAAAGUGAAAGACAGCGUCGCGUGGACGGCGGUGAUCUCCGGGCUGGUGCAGAACGAGCUCGUGCACGAGGCCAUGAAGGUGUUCUCGGAGAUGAAGGCCGCGGCGGUCCCGCCGCUGGACCACACGUUCGCCGCGCUGCUGGGCGCCGCCGGUUCGGCGGCUUGCCUGGAGAUGGGGCAGCAGCUGCACGCGCUGGCCGUGCGCACGCGGCCGGCGCUGGACACGGCGGCGGGCAACGCUCUGGCGGCAAUGUACUCCAAGUGCGGGGACGUCACGGCGGCGCUGCGGGCCUUCUCCGCCAUGCCGUCCCGCGACUUGGUCUCCUGGAAUACCAUGAUCGUCGGGCUGUCGCACCACGGGCUCGCCGGCGAGGCGCUCGAGCUCUUCCACGGCAUGCCCAUGGCGCCGACCGGCGUGAGCUUCCUGGGGGCGCUGACGGCGUGCAGCCACGCCGGGCUGGUGGACCGAGGGAGGGAGAUCCUCCGGUCGAUGCCGGCGCCGGGGGUGGAGCACUACGCGUGCAUGGUGCACCUGCUGGCGCGAGCUGGGCGGGCGGCGGAGGCGGAGUGCCUGGUCUCGGCGCUUCCGGCGGGAGCGCCGGCUCUGUGGGGGCCGCUCGCCGCCGCGUGCGCAGCAGUGGAGGGGGCGGCGGCGGCGGCGGCGGCGGCGGUGGGAGAGAGGGCGGCGAGGAGGGCGAUCGAGGAAGAGCCGAGGAACGCGGCGGCGCUGGUGGGGCUGCGUCGGCUGUACGCGGCGGCGGAGCGGAGAGCGGCGGAGGGGGCUGUGGGGGAGGAGAUGAGGGCGAAGGGGGUGAGGAAAGCGCCGGGGAUGAGCUGGGUGGUGGUGAGGGGGAGGACCCACGCCUUCCUCUCCGGCGACCGGUCCCACCCACAGAGCGAGGAGAUACGCGCCCUCCUCACCUGCAGCUGGUUCCACUGCCGUUGCCCCCUAUAG